GUUUGUGUUUUGGUUCUGAGGGGAAGUUGCGAGAAGAAAGAAAGGAAGAGACGUGACGGGAUUGUUGAAAUUUAUUUCCUUGGUUCCCCAACAGCACCUCACCACCGUGUCCCCGGGCUCCGUGUGUAAAUACUACAGCGGUGGUAUUUAAAGUUCAAAACAUCGUCUGGCUCUCAGUGUUUGGGAGGCUAACGUUACCGACCAGUCAGACAGCUAAGGUUGGCUAAAAGCAAGCAAGCAACAGAAGUCCUGAUAGUGAGGCACACAGGACUCCAGGGGAUCUGACUAGGUCAUGGCCAAUCGGGGAGGAGCUACGAGACCCAAUGGACCCAAUGCAGGGAACAAGAUCUGUCAGUUUAAGCUGGUGCUGUUGGGGGAGUCAGCCGUUGGGAAGUCCAGCUUAGUGCUCCGCUUCGUCAAGGGUCAGUUCCACGAAUUCCAGGAGAGCACAAUAGGAGCGGCCUUUCUCACCCAGACAGUGUGUCUAGAUGACACAACAGUGAAAUUUGAAAUCUGGGACACUGCAGGUCAGGAGCGUUACCACAGUUUGGCCCCCAUGUAUUACAGAGGAGCACAGGCCGCCAUUGUGGUCUACGACAUCACAAACGAGGAGUCUUUUGCACGGGCAAAGAACUGGGUGAAGGAGCUGCAAAGACAAGCUAGCCCUAAUAUAGUCAUUGCUCUGUCAGGCAACAAGGCUGACCUAGCCAGCAAGAGGGCUGUCGACUUCCAGGAUGCCCAGUCCUACGCAGAUGACAACAGCUUACUUUUCAUGGAGACGUCGGCCAAGACAUCUAUGAAUGUGAAUGAGAUAUUUAUGGCUAUUGCAAAGAGAUUGCCGAAGAGUGAGCCUCAGGCUCCUGGACCCAAUAGCGGUCGGAACCGGGGAGUGGACCUGACAGAAGCUGCCCAACCAGCCAAGGCUCCAUGCUGCAGUAACUAACGUGAAGAACGCCUUCCCCCCAACCAACUUGUAUAGCAGUAACUAAUGUGGCUGAUACCCCGAAUGCCACUGCAGUUACUAAUGCAAUGUGUUGUACUCUUAUCUCCAAUUCUCUCAUUUGCAAAACAAGAAAAGAUGCCCUUUGCCCCCCUCCCUUCUUUUUGCAGUAAUGAAGUCAAUGCCAUUACACAGAUCUCUGCCUGAUUUCCUCCUCACGGCUCUGCUGCUACCUGGUUAAGCCUCCUAACCAUUCUUUCCUUCUUUCUGCCAUCCAGCUUGUUACAUCUAUCAGUUAAUAUUGAUAGAUUAAUGGUAGCAGAUACUAGAGACAUUAGUGCACCCUGCCUUCCAUCAUCUUCCUUCAAACGUGUAGAUAUGACUUUCAUUUAGAGGAAGUGGUCACUUCCCUUUUUCUGGGAUAGCUUUAGACUUAACUACUGCAUUUCUAAUACCAGUCUUGUUUUUGUUCAUUUUUUGAUAAUCUUGUUAAUUAUUCUUUGCUAUAAUUUUGUCAAAUUAUGGGUGCACAUACUUGUAUACUUACAUGGCCUAAAAUAGAAAAACAAAAAACUAUGUUUUACCUUUUGUCUGCAGUUGCACAGAAAAAUGUCUGUUAGAGAAGAGGAGUUUAUUCUUGUGAAUCUGAGAAAGGGGAACGGCGGAGGGCAGAGAGAGAGAGAGAGAGAGAUAAAGAGAGUAACCGAGUAACCCUAAGCUCCACACCUCUCUCUUCCUUUUGUCUUAAAGUUUAAAAACAUUCAUGAACUGUAGUCCUUUUAGAUUCUCUCUCUGAUCCCCUCUGCUUGCCCUUGCUGUCCAUGUCCUUUCCCCCACGAAACCCAAAGUAGCACUAGUGUACAUUCUCCUCCACCACCCUAAGGCUCCAUUGUGGGGCCAUGCCUGCUUCUAGCUGUCCCUAGUGGCAUUGUGCAAUGUUUCACAGUAUUUACUCUGUGACCUGAGUGUCUGCAAGGACCAAUGCAGCACAGCAAAAAACCCCGUUCCACCCAGCUUUCUCCACAACAAGGCGCCUCUGAGGUACACACAAGUGUCACCACCUCUCCAUCUCCUGAUGCAGUGUCCUUUCAUUAACCUUGUAUAGACCACCCCUUUGUGGUCACACUUGGGCCUCUUGGUUUAUGUCUUUGGAGGAUUUAGUUGAUGCAGAUGACGUUUCCCAUUGCGUUCAUGUUACAAGACCAUUGCUGGGUUUGCACCUGAUGGAAAAGCAGCAGUAAUGGUAGUGAGUUGGGAUUUGCAAUAUGAAAGGCUGCUUCAUGAUCACCUUUUGAAUCAUAAUUAUUUGUCAUCUUCUCUUGAUUAGAAAGUGCUUUAGACACAGUCGUGUGUCAGUGUGUACAAACUGGGCCUAGGCGGGCUGGCUGAUGACAGAUUUCAUCCAUAGACUCACUCACACGUGCCCAUUUAUGUGCGUGCGUGUGUGUUUGAACACAUUUGCACAUGAACACACACAUUUGCACAUGAACCCACACAUUGCAUUGACUUUUUCCCCCCUCUGAACCCUCUCAGACCUAAACAUCUUUGUACAUAAACACACACACAGUCUGUUACACCUUUUUACCAUCCCACCACUUUACAUUGUUACAUGCAGUGACACACACACACACACACACACAUACAGUACAUAUGGUCAAUAACUCUUUUUACAGAUCUGUCUUACUCAUGCCUUGCACUAAUGAUGCUCAUGAAUAUAUCUUGUCAUAAUUACAGCCAGUGUGAUAUAAAUAUAUAUAUAUAAAUAUAAAUAUAUAAAUAAUAUACUGUAAAUAGGGUGUUGCAGUGUAGUCUACCUUUUUUUCAAUUUACCAGUGACAGGACUAACGCUUGCUAGGGAGUUGUCUAGAUAAUCAUAAAAAGAACUGUACAGUUAGCAGAUACAACAGCUACAAUCUGGGUUUAGAGUUUUGUUGCUGUUCCUUUUUUUUCACACAAAUGGUUAAAUUAUAAUCAGUGGUGGUCUUUAUAAAUGUAUGUAGUGUUAUUAACAAAAAAAAUGAAAUUGCAUUUAUUUAGUCUUCUGUCUUGUACCUUUUUGUCAAAAGAAAAAAAGUAAUACCCAAACAUUUUGGUUUCUAUUUUUUAACAUCUCUUUCUUGCAUUUCACUAAUUCUUUUUUUUUUUUAGUGGUAUCAGGCUACGAUGCCUUGUCCAGUACCCCUGCCUGUAAGUAGACCUGAAUUUCCAGAGACACUGGUUGUAAAAAGCUCCAGAGGAGUCAGACACAAUACAACACUGUUUGAUUAACCAACAGUCUGUCCCUCCAUAACAUCUCAGUAACAUUGUGAAGAUAUUGUAGGAACAGUGUAACAACUAUCAGCUGGCACGAUGGUGAUUCAUGAAUAAAUGAAUUAACACAUAAUAAGGAUGUAAAUUGUAUGUUUGGUUUUUUUUGCCGUGAACACUUAACCGCAGCCGAAAACAUUUAAAUGCAAGCAUUUUACAGUACUGUUAUGUAAUGACCAAAUAAAUACUGAAAUAAAUUUGAUCAUUUAUUUUA